AUGGAAGGCUUCAUUGUGUUCGACUAUGAGAAGGAAUAUCCUCGUGCGUUGAAAGAUCUUGCACAGUGGCUUGCUGAAGGCAAAAUCAAGAGAAAGGAAACAAUCGUCACAGGAGGUCUGCAAAACGCCGAGAAUGCAUUAAGGGAUCUGUAUACAGGACGGAAUACCGGCAAAAUGCUUGUUGAAGUCAAGCCUGUUGAAGAGAGCCACAAGGCCUCGCUGUAG